AUGGUACAGACUAGCGGCAGCGGUUAUAUAACCGGUCGAUCUUCGACAUUCAAUGAAGAAUCCACUAUAUGCUACCCUGGGGACUUGAAGGAGAAGCCCGGUAGACCUCGCGACGACGCUGAGCUCGGUGUUGUCGGUUAUUCCGAACGCGCACCCAGCAAACGGCCAGGUGAAGCUCGGACGUACUUCUCGCUGGCGCUGUUGUCUGCUCUCGGAUUGUCCCUCUUCUAUCUGUUUGCAAGAAGUCCACAUCUCAGUGCUUGUGGUUCCACGCUUCGAUUGGCCCAGGACGAUAUUAGUGAGGCAUGUCCUCAGACAAACGCGAUUGUUCCCCAGAAGCAUAGCGCCCUAUUGGAAGUCCUUGAAACCACAUAUCAAACGGAGGAGUUUAGGCUAAAGGCGUACGAAAGCUUGGGAGGAGCGGUCAGAGUCCCGACGGUCGCCUACGAUGAUCUUGCACCUCCGGGCUCAGAUGAGCGUUGGGAAAUUUUUGGGGAGCUCCACGCAUACCUUGAGAAGCGCUUCCCAUUGGUUCACGCAAACUUGCGGAAGACGCAUGUGAACGAGUAUGCAUUAGUGUACCACUGGCAAGGAACCAAUGGUUCUCUGAAGCCCGCGCUCUUGACGGCACAUCAAGAUGUCGUCCCAGUGGAGCCGUCCACUGUGGAUCAGUGGAACCAUCCGCCUUUCUCUGGCUUCUUCGAUGGGGAAUUCAUAUGGGGUCGUGGCAGCUGCGACGACAAACCGGGUCUCAUUGGCUCCCUCACCGUCGUCGAGGAGUUGCUGCACGUAGGGUUCAAGCCUGCUCGCACAUUUGUCCUAGCAUAUGGCAUUGACGAAGAGCGCGGCGGCAUCUCGGGAGCUACUACCAUCCGAGACUACUUGUUAGCGAAUUACGGAGAAUAUGCUUUCUCCAUCCUCAUAGACGAAGGAGGUGGAUACCAGGUCGAAGACAACGUAAUAAUGUCCAGUCCCGGAGUGGCAGAGAAGGGCAAAUUCGAUGCUCGUUUCGAGAUAUCGGCUCCAGGUGGACAUUCUAGUGUUCCUCCGGAGCAUACCAGCAUUGGCAUGCUUGCUGCGAUCAUCAAGCACCUCGAAGUCAAUCCGCACUCCCCACAACUCAACCGUGAGGGGGUAUACUACUCUUUGCUCCAGUGUCGAGCUGCGCACGAUACCUCGCUCUCUCCUCAGCUCCGCUCGCUCAUCUCACGCUCCCGCACUUCUGACAAGACGCUGCAUGCGCUCGAGCAGCACCUAGCCGAGACCGACCGACUCUUCCCCGCAUUUGCGGGUACAACACAGGCAGCGGACGUGAUCCGCGGUGGCGUGAAAACGAAUGCCCUCCCCGAACGCGCUGAUGUGAUCGUCAACCACCGGAUCGACAUUCACAGCUCAGUCGGCGCCCUCCAGAAGCGCAUUAUAACCGUUGUGAAGCCUAUCGUCGCCCGGCUUAGACUGGAGCUCGAUGCGUUCGGCAAUGCGAGUUUCGCAAUGAAGCCGGAGGGCGGCGAGAGUAGCGGGGUAUUGCGCAUCACCGACGCGUUUGGGACCGCACUCGAGCCCGCCCCGGUUACGCCGAUGGGAGACGGUGGGCCGUUCCAGCUCUUGUCGGGGACGAUCAUCGGCGUCCUCGGCGCUUCGAACCGGACGGGGUAUGACAAAAAGGUCUUCAUCGCCCCAGGAAUGUCGACUGGGAACACAGGUCAGCACACGAAACAUUACUGGAAGCUGACGAAACACAUUUUCCGAUACGGACAUACGAAUGCUGCUGACACGUACAACGGAGCCCACACGGUCAACGAAGCGUUUCGUGGCGAAGGCUUCAUCGAGACCAUCCGGUUUUUUACGUGGGUCAUCCUGAACGUCGACGAGUCUUCUUUGCUGGAUUGA